CCACUUCCUUUUCCCUUCCCCCCUACUUUACUCCCUAGGCAACAUGUUGUUUCCUCUCCAGGGCGCAAAUAACACAUCUCCCAUGUCUUUCUCUGAACCCAGGUAACACACCUUGAUAAAAUCCACCAACCCCCCCUUAUAAGGACCCCAGUAACAUUCCCCUGCAAACCCGACCCUGGUAACACCCCCCCAACAUUUCUCUCCUCUGGACCCCAACAAUACUCCUUCCCUGCCAAGUACCCCAGCAACACCCCGACCUCUUCCAUUCCCGACUCCCGAGUCCCCAGGACCCAAGCAUCCCUCCCCCACCUCCCGUAGUGUGCGCACAUGAAACUAGUUGCCAAGCCAACUGCGCCUCAGUGUAGAACGGCUGGAGUCGAGAAGUGUGUGUACUACGCACUGGUCCCGAUUUUCCGUAUAUACGCUAACAAUAGUGCAUUCAUCCAAGUGUUAUUAUAUUACAGUUCGUAUCAGUGGUGGAUUACGCAACAGACAAGAGAGAAAUAAGUACCCUUAGCCUUCCCUUAACGAGAGAUGUGUAGUGAGUUUGAGUGUAGACUGGAGUGAGUAGUGAGUGAGUGUUGGGUUAGUGAGGGAGGAGAGAGUUAGCAAGUGUGUCAAGUGGGUUGGUUGUCUUGCAUGGGUGGGUGUUGCCAUCUGUAUUAUUUUGUGAACAACUGAGAUAGUGGACGGAAAAAUUUGUGUAUGAUUGUUAAUGGAAGUUAGUAUGUGCUUUAGAUUAUAGGUUAUUAGACAAAUGCGGUAAUACCUGUGUAAGCGUAGAUAGAUAUUCUGGGAUGAUAGUCGAAAGUUCAGAAAUCUGACUUGACUAACGUGAAAUUAAUAGGUUAGAAGCACAUAAGCAAUUAGAAGGCGUAGUGAAAGGGAAGAUUAAUACCUUUUUUUUGUAGACUUGUUCAAAUAUCUCAUGGUGUGUGGAAGAUAAGCUGAAAAUAUAUUUUACCUGUGUACCAGAUGAGUUGAGAGUUAAUGUAUGUGUUAUUAUUUGAGGUUCGUGAAUGAUAUACAAUAACCUUAUAAUAUAAUACUUUAUAGAUAUAUGUUCUGAUUUUGUUGCCAAAUUUAGGGAUUAAAGUGAAUGACAGUACAGUACAUGUAAAGUAGAGUGUUUGAAUGAUUUAAUGGUAUAUAUUUAGGCUACUGUAUGACCUUAUAAUUAACUCAGUAAUUGUGAUGAUUGUGUGGGUAAUUGCUGUGGAGAGAUAUUUUGGGUGAUGAAUCUAUUUGAGUUUAUAAGGUUUGUAUUUUGAGCUAAUUGUGCCUGUAGUGUGGCAAGUGUAAAGGCUGGGACUGGCUGAUAAAGUUUAACUGUAUGUGUUGAUUGAAAUACUGUAUGUUUGGCUAGUUAUAUGUGUGGAUAUUGAAGUGAUGUGUGAAGUAGAGUAUAUGCAUUGUUUGGGUACAGUAUAGGUUAUAUUUUUAGGCUAGGGGAUAAAUGAAUUGAAACUCUUAGUGUGAAAAUUUAAUAAGUGCACAUGACUGUCGGCAAGAUGAGUGAACGACGAGUGUUUGAGUCACUGUGUUUAGAGCCAUGUAAGCGUGGCUUCAGCUAUGAUUCUGCUCUCUUGGUAGAUGUAGACCGAGCCUCUGAUUUUGAUGAAGCUGUCAUACGUUUGACAACUAAAUGCAAUUCCAUCAUCACUCAACUCCGUACUUUAGGCAAUCAUGUUGCCGAGUUUUCUGUCACUACUACCAAAGUUAGCUGUCUUGAGGCCAAAUCGCCUACUUCAAAUAGCAUCAAAACUAAGACUUGUGGAGACACCUUUGGAUAUCCUAUCACACAUGUCUUCAACACACCAGACACCAGGAACCUGAGGGUCAUGGAGGAACAGUGGUGUGGCCUGAAGCAGAAGAAUUACUCAGGCAUGGUGGCUGUUGCCAGGUUAUCAAGAUCAUCCAUCCCAAGGAAUGGUUCUGGUGGCAAAUACUCUGUUCGAAUACUAACGGAGGCAUUGCUCAGCCAUAUUCAGGCAUAUUUUAUGUUCCAAUCGUACAACCCAGAUUUUCAGCGAUGGACAAUAUCUGGAACAGGGAACAAGAAUGAAAGUCCAGAAGAUGAGUAUCUGAUAUAUUUGGUGUACCGCAUUCAACAUGUUGAUGCUGUUAACAUACACAAGAAGGUCAAAAGGCAGAGUGAGAUGGAGAAAUUAGAGAAGAACUGGCAAUUAAAGGCCUGUACAACAAAGAGGCGACGUCGUCAUACAUCAGGUGAAAGCAGUAUAAGUAACAGUAGCAGUGCCAGCAGCAACCCGAGUGGUGGAGCCACCUACCUCAGUCCACCUGUGACACGCUCAGGUCGUCAUGCCCUUGACAUAGCAGCUACCGGUAAUACGCCUCAUCGCAGGUAUCCCACAGAACGGCUACCUAGCCAAGGUUGCACAGAGAAAAACGACUUUGUUUUGGACUGGACAAAUUGGUCUACACCACGUGCAUUAAAAUCUCCUAGCUUGCAAAGUGCGGAUGAUAAUCGUUUCUUCCAAAAAACACCUAUGAGUCUCAGGAACAGAAAAGAAGUUUUCAAAAAGAACACAAGGUUGAACAAAAUUAAACCUGUAAUACAGAAGCCCCAACGAAGGUUAUCCCAGCGACGACUUUCUUUAAAGUAAUUACAGUACAGUAUACUGUAUCUGAUACUUGUACAUCCAAGAAUUGUGUGCUUAGUAGUCAUGAGACUUUCUGACUCUAAAUACAGUAUAAUGAUACCUGUACAUGAAGACAAUAAGUGACUUCACUCGGUGAUUAAUUAUCAUAUACUGUAGUGAUGUAGUGAAAGGUUGUUGUGGUAUGUUUGUGAUCUAUUAUCUACUGAUCCCAACAUAAGUAUGGACCUCCCUUGGCCUAGUAGGUAAUUAAUUAUCAAGUUUAUUAGGCAUACUCUUAACUGAACUUGAAUUUGUAAAUAAAAACAAAAGAUUUGACAAACAAAUAUUCUUGACCAAUGUAAAAAAAAUGUGAAAUUGAAAACAUGGACUGACUUGAUGGUGUUUAACACCUGAAAUGUUUUAAUUUUGUCAAUAUGAAGACUUGUUACUUGUGAGAUUUAUAUUUAAACUAGAAAUAUGUUCAGAAAACACUGGUGUCCAGUGUGUCUUGUCCUGCACCUUCUAGUGUGACUGUGACCUGGAUUAGGUUGUAUACUAAAGUCAAGUUCAAAAUGAAAUGCACCUUGUACAUCUAAAGUUCUCUUUUAGUACAAGUUUAUCAGUUGUUGUUGGGCAGUUCACACAAAGUGGUGGCUGUCAGCAUGAUGUUUGGACAGACAAACACACAACCAAGAAACUUGGUGUCCUGCGAUGCCUCAUAGGGCAUAAAGAUUUACUCUUCACAAUACCUGGUAACAAUUGUCAAAGGCAUUCUGAAUUGGAUGGGUUUGAUAGCAGUACAAAAGCUUAUUUGAUGACUUUGUCCUAUUUGAAAAUAGGAUUUUGGACUUAUCAUCUGAUGGUAGUAUCUCAUUUCAAUAUCUACCUCAAUUUCAAGGUUAACUUUACUGUUGAUGUUCUCUUUCAUAUGUCAGUAUAUUUUCUGUAUUAAUCGGGAUAGAAGAUGCAAACCCUUCCAAAUUAUAAAGACAGUGCCUUACCUUGAUAUGUUGUAAGGUAUACCUUGCAGUAGCUACAGUACAGUAUUUAAAUAAUAUUCAUACCGCAUAUAGGUUUCAAGUGUAUUGUAUGAUUACAAAAAAAUGCCACAUGUUCUUAUGGACUAAACAUGUGAUGUGAGUUUUGAAAAGUUAAGGGACACAGUAAUACUACAGUAUAUUAAAAUACAAUUAAGUGUAUUGAUCUUGAAUACAGUACACCAUACAGUAUGUUGGUUGGAUCGAUUUAACCUAAAAAAUUAAAAGUAAUGUACAUUAUAGCAUACAGUAGUAAUCUCAAUUUAAUUGUAUAAAUAUUAUGAGGAUUUAUUCACUAUAAUGAGGAUGGUGAAUUUAGCAUUAAUAUAAUCAUGUCCUGCUGUUAUUCUCUUUUCUUGGAAUAGGUAUACCUGUUAGGUUGUAUGGGUCUUGAGUGUUGAACCAAAGCUCCUCAUCAACCUAUUGUAUUGAUGAUGUGCUGUACAGUAUUUUAAUGCAUAAAUUUACUAUAGCUACUGUUAAUAUAAGUAGAAUUAUUCAUAAAUUGUAACUUUAAAACAAUUACAGUACAGUAUAUUAAAUGUGUGAUUAUUAUUAAUUAUAACUGUACUGUCAAAAAAUCAAGUAGUGACUUAAAAGUUUUUUAAAUGCAGUAUGGUGUAUAUAUAUAUAUAUAUAUAUAUAUAUAUAUAUAUAUAUAUAUAUAUAUAUAUAUAUAUAUAUAUAUAUAUAUAUAUAUAUAUAUAUAUAUAUAUAUAUAUAUAUAUAUAUAUAUAUAUAAAAUAAGAAAGGGAUGAAAGAUCAGGUCUGGCAUAAUCCUUUUAAGUGUCUGUUAAUAUGAUACUGUAUUGAUUAGAUAACAAGUAGACUUGCUAUCCUGCCUCAAGAACAUAACCUCAGAUUAAUACUCUAGUCGUAACAAACUUCAUAAAAAAAAUUAUCAACUAAAGAUGUCUUUUGUGUUCACAGUGUCUUUCAUGUACUGUAUACAGUAGUGUAUUUUGUACUCUGCUUGUGUGUACUGCAUGUUUACAAAAACCAUAUUGUACUGUAAAGGAAUUUUAGCUAAUUUUAUGCUCAUAUUUAGCUUACAUACUGUUGAUGAUUUUAAAAGGUUAACAGUUUAAUCAUUAUUAGUUAAUGAAGGAUGCGAGUGUAGGAGUUUUAUCUCGGCUUUUUGGGUGAAAUUACUUUUUAUUUAUUUAAAAAUAAUGCACUCUUAAGAAUACUGUAUUUAUUUACUGGUAAUAUGUAACUAUUAAUGGCAAAACCUUAGUAUCCUUCAUACUUUUAUUGCAGAAUUAAUAAUCAGUAAAAUAUUUUUAUACUUAAUUUACAGUAAUGCAUUACAAGAAAAUAUUUUACAGACUUAAUUCAUAAUGUUGACAUGACAGAUCAAGAAGCAUCAAAAUCUGUGAUCAGAAUUUGCAGAUCCCAACCCAAGUGUUGUCGUGAGGUUGAUGGUGUAGUAAGACACCUAUCCACAAUAUAGUAAGGUCAGUUGAGUCUUGAACUGCAUGUUUUCAUCCCCAUUUCUCUUUCAGAUACACUAAUGUUAAGAAAACCCAGAAGACUAACUACAGGUUUGAACAAAACUUUAGCAUUCUAUGACAUUGGAAAAACUUCCUCUUUGUUUAACGUUAAAUAAUCAAGGGAUAACUGUUUCAUGUUAUUAUCAGAGGCCUUGUUGUUUUAGCAUCUUGUUGAAUGUUGUUUUCCUAGUAUGUAUAUAUCAUCAUGAAUAUUGAAUAGGAGUUGGAUUAGUUACUCAACAGAAGUUCUGACCAAUUAAACUAUUGCUCACUUUAAGUAACUUAGAUACUCUUUUAAUCCUCAGACCUUUACAUCUUAUAAUAGCAUGCUUUCCCCUGAUUAGUUCAAGUGUUCUUAAUUUGCUGGUUUUAUAUACAGUAUACCGUACUUUUUAUUAUUUUUAUUUGUUUUCUUCCCGCAUUUAGUAAGUAAAGGCAUUGCUUCUUUUUUCAUAUUUAAUGUUCACAAGUGAAAUUUGUAGUACACAGUGCAGUAUGAAUGUUGUAAAUUAAAAAAAAAUAUAGUGUAGGAGACUUUUACAAGAUUUAUUACAUUGAUUCUCCUUUUGUUCAUAAUAUGUUUACAAUGGUGUAUUGGAAGUGGUCAGGAGCACAUUGAGAGUUGUAAAUGAUGGUAUACAGUCUCUGUAACAGUCUGUAUAUACAAUCAAGUACCGUACUGUGCAUUUGAAUGCAUCUUUGCAUUCUGCCAACUUUGCACAGUGCCUUUCAAUUUUAUUAACAUCAAAUAUGAAAAGUUAGUUCUCGCAUGUAACUGUGGCAAGAUUCCUCCAAAUUUUUGUGCUGCUUGUCUUUAUCACAAAAAAUCAAUGUAAUCAUAUAUACAGUAAUACUAAACAUUAAAUAUUUAAUAAAAAAAUAAUAAAAUAUAAAAAAAGGGGCUAUAAAGAUAAUACAAACACAAGACACAUCUAAAUGCUGAAUAUUGUUUUAUGGUGACAAAGGAAAUACUGUACAGUACUCAAUUUUUUUACAGUAUUUACAGUAGUGUAAAUACUGUAGUAAGUAGAUAUGAAGUGGACUAUUUGGAACUUGUACAGUUUUGAAAAUAUAUACUAGUAUGUGCUGUAAAUGGUAAAUCCCACCUCAUUUGCAUGAAUUCUAAACUAGUGCCUAUGGGAAAUAAAUGAUUUCCAGUACAUUCUAGAUUCCAAAAUAUUGUUCAGAUAUUCACUUAAUUCCAUCCAAAAUAGUUUUAACAGUAUAAAAGUUUGGGAGGUACAACAACAACCACCCACACACUAGUUCCCAUGUAGAAGAAUCAACUGAGCUAUCAUUUUUACCAUUAUGUAAUUGACACAACGGUUCACUAUGCUUACCAGGAGAAGAAGGGAGAUAUAGAGAAAGAUUAAUGGGAGGGAGAGUGUCUCUCUCUCUCUCAGAAAGCUGACUUUGUUAGGGCUUAGAGCAUACAGACAUUUUUAAUUAACAGUAAAGAAUAUUUAUAUUUUUUAAUAAGAUCACUCUCCCAUGACCCACUACCCCCCUCCCCGCCACACCUAAACAAAGAAGCAAGUUGGGUUUCACACCUUAGAGCUGUCUGCACAUAAAAAGCAUAACAUUAACAUAUGAUUUUCUUCAUUGUUAUUUCUUGGGAGUUUGUGGUUGUUUCUCCUGUAAUAUACAUUAUAGUAACUCCUUGCUUAAAAUUGUGGUUCCGUUCCUGAAAACUGCGACGUUAACGGAAACAACGUUAACAGAGUCAAUUUUCCACGUAAGAAAUAGAUAAAAUACAGGAGUUACGUUCCCCAGCCUCCCUUUGCCCAUAAAAUACAUUACAUAUACAUAAAUUUAUGUAAUUUUUAUAGAAAAUAGUAUAUAUUAUACAUCCAAAAAGAUAAAUAAACUAAAUAAUUUUGUACUGUACUCGCCGAUGGGUGGAUAGUGUUCCCUGUUGUGGGGGUUAGACCUAGAGCAACACCAAUGUCCACCGCACGUUCACCUUUCUCAAAACGGUUUAAAACCUCCAUUUUCAUAGCAAGGCUAAUGGUCUUACAUUGCUUCUUCAUUACACUAGCAUCACUAGCACUUAAUGGGCACUUAGAAGGCAUAUUGAAUGGUUACAGUACAAUAUUUAGAGCAAAAACACUUAAAACAUGCUUUCUUAAAACAAGCACGAAAGCAGUGGAAGCCUAACAAAGACUGGGGACACUGUUACGCUCCGCAAGAGAGCGUAGCGUACUAAGAUCAGAGAGGGUGAUGUGCCGUACAAAGUAGUCCGUGACGGCGUUAUACCGAACCAGUGGGACGUUGUCCAAAUCAUGGGUAUCUAAAGAGUAGCGACGUUAUAAUGAAACAAUGUUGUUGGGGGCAACGUUAAAUGAGGACUUACUGUAAUUGUUCCUCAAUAAUACAAUACUUUACUGUAAUUGUGCAACAGUUCAGGUUGUGUGUUUACAUAUUCACUGUGCCAGAACAUAUUGAGAAAGAUUAUAAUGCCCAGAAACUAUUAAUAUUCUAAUUAGCCUCACCUUAUACUUUUGCAAGUACAGUACAGUACAGUAUAUAGCAUGUUAGUAUUUUUUAUUAUUUUUUAUUUUUAUUGUACUUGAAUAUCUUUUGUUUGAUAUUCAUACAGUAUUUACAAGUUACAGUAUUACAUUUUAGGUCCAAAUUAAUCCUGGAAAGUCUUUACUGUACAAUAAUAAUUGGUGAUUUUUAGGGUUCUAUUUGGAAUAAUAAGAAGCCCCUCAAAAAAACAAACACCUCACUUUUCACAGCUGCAUAAACACCAGCUGUUAUACUUUAACUGUACUUGUAUAUGUUGAGUAUAUACACCUGUACAGUACAGCAUUGUAAUUGUACACAUUGCAAAAGUGCAUGGUUGAACGGUGCUUGAUUGUAUAUUUCAAGUGAGAAAUUAAUAAUAACUUGUGUUAAUUGAAGGAUGACUCCCCAUACCAUUACAAAUACUGUGAUCAUUUAUAAAUGUAAUUUUAAAGGUUUAUUAGUAAACCAAAAAAUUAUAUUGUCAGUCUUAUCAAUGUGUAACUUCAGUAGUGCUUGGCUUUAUGACGUGAACAAUCCCUAUAUACUGUUGUUGUAAAAUGUGCCAAACUUAUGGUACAUUCCUCUGCUUUUGUGUAAGAUUUCUGUGGUAUGUCCUUCCUUCUUUUUAGAUUAGUCAGCACUGAUGGUUGUUUAAUGAACUGAUAUUAUUUCCUACCACAUUCCCAGUUUGUGUGAUUUCUUCAGUGUCUUGUCCCUUUUGUUUACUUUUAUUAGCUUCACCAGGAACAGUUGAAGUUUCUCCUGGCUAUCCUUUUUGUUGCUACUGUUAAUUUUCUUACAAUCUUGAUUUCUACAUCUCUCCAUAGGACACAUACAAAAAGCUUAUUGUUUACCAGCUUCUUUUCUACUUUCUGCCUGCUGUUUUCAUUAGUGUACAUCACCAAGUUAAACAGCAUUAACACUUUGCUUCAUAGCCGUCUGUCAAAUUUACACCAGGCUAAUUCUGCACUUGGUCACUGCUUUGUCUGCCCAUGUUCUCCAUUACUUUUGAAGAGAUCUUGAUUAUCAUAAAUUUAUGAGUUAGGUAAGAUCAUACUGAAAAGUAUGUAGGAUGAAGAUACAUAUAAUGAUAGUCUUCAUAAAAUUUAGUGACUGUAAGUGGAAUACAUAUGUUUCACGCACACCUGCCUGACUCGCACACGUGUAAGUAUAAAUAGUUUGCAGUUGUGAUUUAAUUUGAUGUACUGUAUAUACACAUACAAAAUAACUGAGUGGUUGUGUUUUAGUCUGACACUUCUGCUUGUGAAAUAUGAAAGUGUUAAAUUAUUCUUCCUACUCUCCUGUAUCUCUUUCCUUCAUCUUACAUCAUUCACUGUUUAUCCUUCAUCUACCUCAGGUGUAUCUCAAUUAUCUGAAUUUAGCAAACAGUUAUCCUCCUUCUCUGAUAUACAUCCCCUCAGUGUCUGUUCUAGGCUUUUGGGUUUAUAACUGGCUACAUAUUAUUGACUUAUUCUAGGAGUUAACUGUCCCUUGCCUCAUGUCAGUUUGAUCUGAGUGUAGACUGUCACUGUCUCCUGUGGGUCUUGCCUUGUUGGCCUGUACUCUUUCCUUCAGCUCAGUGACUAUACCCUUUCCACUCUAACCUGGCCCAUAGGUCAUGCCCCUCUUCUAUACUAAUAGCUGAUUGGUUCAUAGAAAAUUCAAACUAAAUGUGUUCACAAUAAUGUAAAAAAUAUGGAUUAUCAAAAUGCAAAUCAUUUCAAGGCAUUAGCACUUCAGAGAGGGUGUUAGAAAAUUUUAAUUAUUCAAUAUAAAAGGUUGAUAUAAAUACACGCUUAUAUAUGCACAGUCCGGGGAGGAGGCAAAAUGCUCGGGGGAACUAAUCAGCUAUUUGUAACUAUAGACGAGGGACGUGGCUUAGGGGCCACCUUAGCGUGAAAAUGCUAUAAUACUGACUACCUUCACUAACUUUAUGGUUUCAGCCAUCUUCAGUGGCAUUUGAGUGGACCAUAUUUAUAGCCAUUGAAAUGCAGCUUCCAUAAAGGUGUUUCUUAUAUAUUUACUUUUCCUUAAUUACUGUAAGUAUUACCCUUUGCUUUCCUUCCCUGGUAUACUUGAUUAUUACAAUAUAUAUCAUCUUGCCUCUGCUUCCGAUUACCAAAUGUAGAAAUCUGUCUUCUGUUAGUUGUUCUGUGUCGAUAUCAUUUUAAAUUAUUUCCAGUUCAGUCUACUUAGUCUAGGAAUAUUAUGUACUAAAGUCAUUUGUAAUGGUUUUACUGACAAUGUGAGAAAUUAAGAAUCUUCUCACUAAAAAUUUAAAAUUGUCAACUCCCAGCUUUUGCCCUAGGCACAAUUUUUACAUUUUUAUCAUUAUCAUCACCUUAUAACCAUUUGUUUUAUUUAAUUUCAAUUUUUUUUCCACUUGGCUACUAAUCCCCCUUUCUCAGUUGAGACACCUAACACUACACUGCUGUAUGGUUGAACACUACAAGUUUACUCACCAAGUGGUUUAAUUCACAUUGAUUUCACUUAUGAUCUGCCCCAUGUCAUGUUUUCCCAAUUAUGUGUUGGUUUACAUUUUCCCACAAAAUUAAAUUAACUACUGAAUAUUUUUGACAAAGAUUUGGAGACAUUAUUGUACACAGAAUUUAUGUAAAGGACUAAAUUUAGGUAUCUGUUACUGUACAGUAUUGUCUAAAAGAAGAGAAAGUGAGAAUAUAUACAGUACAGUAAUUGUAAACUUGUGGUAUUCAAUUGUAUAGUUUUAUUGAUAUACUGUACUAGACAUGUGCUUGGGGAGGGGGUAGAAACACUUGGUGGAAUGAGUAAAGUCCAAGGGAGAGAUUCCUAUAUCACAAAAGCUUAGAAGAGACUGGGAGGCUCUCCUGUGUGAGUGGAUGAAAGAUAAAUACUGUACCUACUUUUCAAAUAGGUCCACGAAAGAUCAAAACAUCAUAUGACAUGACCCGAAGCUCUACAGGUGCAUGUCAUAUGAUGUGACCCGAAGCUUAGGGGUUAAUACUGUAUUUCAGUUUUUAGACUUUGUAAUAGAGUAUGAUUUAGUUGCUUGAGAAAGAGAGAUUAUAAUUUAGUAACUUGAGAGAUAGAUUAUAACUUAAUAACUUUAGAGAGAGAUUCAAAUUUAGUAACUUGAGAUUAUGCUUUAGGAACUCAAGAGAAGAGAUUAUUAUUUUGCAACUUGAGAGAGAAGAGAGUAUUUCAUAACUUGUGUAUUUCUUUAAUAUGAAUUUACUCAACUUUUAUAUUGUUAAUGACAUUAUUGGUCUUGAAAUAUUUAAAAUUUCUAAAUUUAAUAUUGAAAUCCCCUUUAGACAUUAAUGAGCUAAAGUUUACUUACUAAAGGAAAUAACCCAUUUACCAUACACUUACGGCUCAAAAUGGUUCUUGUAAUACCAUACAAUGAUGCUUACUGGGUCUUGUAGUCCAUGUCCUCAGACAGGGUUAAUCCCGUCACUACGGGGAAGCAACAUUUAAUAUUUUAUUUGGCUAAUGCUAGACGAUUUUAUUCAGCUUAGAGGUAACCCCCAUACACAAGGCUUAAGCCUAAUAAUGGUGCUUGCUGACCAAUCCUCUUAUGCACCAUCUCUCAGUCCAGGUAUUUUGCAGUUUGUUGAUUUGCAAGGACUAGGACUCGCCCCCAGAUAGAUUGCUCUUGAUGAGAGCUUGUGCAUAAGCACAGGAUGUCACUGUAUGAUUUGAUUAUGCAUACCUGUUUCAGCAUGGCUCUAGUGUUACACAAAUUAUUGUGGAAAUAUAACUUUACAUUAAUGUAUCAUUAAUAAAACAGUUAUUUUGAAGUUUGUGACUUUACAGUGGGAUGUUGAGGUCUAAUUUGAGUACUUUAUUGCUAAACUGUAGUAAUUUGUACAGAUCAGUUCUAUUCCUUCUACUGAUAUCAAGUAACUUCAGACAAUUGAGAAGGAGCUUGUGUUCUGCUCAGUGAAAAGGAAAAAGAGAUGUGUAGGUGAGGAGCACUACACUGUAUACCCGUGGGGACAGUGAGGGCUUCAAUUACUUGACUGUUUCAGGAUGACACCAAAAGUACAGUAAGAAAGUUGGGGUCUUAACCUCCAAACCUUGUGAUAAUGAUGGCUUAACACAUAUACUGUAUGUUUGUCUAAUCCUUAGAGCCUUAGUUAGCACCACUUCCUUCCUCUUGUCAUAGCUGGCCUAUGGUUGUGAGAAUUGUCUGGUUUUAGGACACUGUAGUUGGAAAUCCCAUUUACUGGUGAAGACCACAGCCAGACAGUUUGGAAACCCUCUCGCUUCUCUGGGGUCUAUGAUUAGUCAGCUGGAACUGAUUUGGAAAAUGGUAGGUUUUGUCCUGAUUGAGGACACACAACUCUUUAUAAGACCUACAGCUGCUAGGAGCAAUUGUUGCACCAAGUCUCCCACAUCUGAGGCUCUCACUGUGAUGGGAGAGAUAAGGGUGAUCUGUAUAACAGAGUAAUCUUGGCCGGGAUUAUAGGGGGUUUGUCUGAGAACAUGAAAACUCCUCAACUAUCAGCCCUGUCAGAUAAGGGGAUUUCACGAGCAAUCAUUAAUUAAUUUCUCUAGUUCUUAAGUACUGUACCAAAAUUCCACCUUAUGAUUUAUGAAAGUGUCCAUUAUUUUCAGCUGAGUUUUUGGUGUUUUGUCGAAAUGCUCUUGAAAUUUAAUUGAAUUUUUUCAAACUAAACAAGUUAAAUCUUUCUUUCAAAGGUAUAAUACCUGGUACUAUGAAUGAAAGUCUACACAUACACAUUGAUUUAUGUAUGUAUGCAAUUUUUGUAUACCUCUUUAGUUACCAGUACAUGCACACACAAUAUUAGAGAUUAUAAUUCUCACUCCUCCAUUAGUUCUUUCUCCUCGUCUCUUUAUAACCUAAUGCCCUUCACUUGGCAACUUGGGUAAUGUACUCAAUAAGUUUUUAGGGUCAUGAUACAGAGAACUCCUUAACAUUAGUGGCUGGUAUUUCCAUUUAUAAUUAGUGUAAACACUUUUGCAAUCUUUGCCCUAAAAGGGAGAUUUGGAAGCAAAAGUUACCAAUACAAGUAGGAAUCUAACCAGUUGUGAUGUCACACUAGCAUGUAUGCAGCUGCACCUUUAGCAGUUGCAAGUCAGCCAUUUUGGAUUCCAGGCUUUACCAGACUAAGCAAAUACCUCCCUGCUUGCUUCUGUUGGGACCUGAGUGCCUCUCUUUCCCUUAUUAUUUCUCUGAUCUGUUUUGGCAGGAAACAUGCUGAAAUAAAUAUUAAUGUCUAUGCAAAGACUUUUUGCAUUUGUUGUUUCACAUUACAAUCAAUUUUAUAUUUACAUAAAUGACCCAGUUUGAUAACUGGCACUGAACAUAAUAGUUUGCCUCAAACUGGGCCAUUAAGCAAAUGUAAAAUUACUUACAAUGUGAAACAACAAAUGCAAAAGCCUUUGCAGAGACAUUAAUGUUUAUUAUAGCAUGUGCAGUUGCCAGCAAAAGUUCUCCCACAGCCCUGUGUAGCAGAGCUUUGGGAGGACUUUUGCUGGCAACUGUACCUCUACUUGUGUUAGCUUGGUUGUAUUAUUAGUUUCUGCAAAUACAGGUGCCUGUACACUAACUUAUUACAUUAUUUUCUAACACUCAAUACAAUAUAAAGUAUACAAAUAAACUUUCAGUGUGUCAUCAUUCUCUCACAAACUUACUUCUCAAACUCACGUGAAGACAAGUAGACUUGUUAUUCACGCCACCACAUGCAAUCACUAAGUCAGUUGCCUGAUUGCCCAAUUUCUCCUCAUUUACUCUCAUGCAGUAUGUCGAACAUUUAAUAAAGUAAAAUUAAUCUUUACAUUAUUCUUAAAUUUCAUAUAUAGAGAGCUCAUAUCUUUCAAAAAAUAAUUUAUUUUGUAAAGUAGACUUUCGGUUAACAGACCCUUUUCAUCGCCAGUGUUAUGGUUCCAGGAUCUUAGGAAUUAUGUAGGUGUCAGUAAUAACAAUGUUUCUCAUAUAUAAUAAUCAUUAUUUAAAGUGCAUAAAAUGCAGUCAAUUUCCGGUAUUUUUUUUUUUUUUUUACUUAUUGUUCCCAAAUACAGUAUAACUACUGUAUAAUACAAAACAAAAAUAAAUCAUCUGUUAAGUUCUCUAUGAGCUGUUUUUUAAAUGGUGACUAUUUGAUUACAACACAAAACUUUAUUGAAGAUGCAAAGAAUCAACAUAACCUAAUCUUGGUACGGAUGGGUUGGUUCAUUUUGUCUAACACGCCCCAUUCCCCCAAAAGGUAGCAAUAGUUGGCUGGAUUUGAGUGGUUUGACACAAGGAAUCCAAGCUGGCUGAUCUGCAACAGGUUGUGGUGUGUAUACAGAUACUACUAAUGUCAGUAUGAUUGUUAUCCUUGAACCUUUGACCUUUGCUUCCAAAUCUCCCUGUGAGGUUGUUGUUCCAAUGAAAGAUUAAAAUACCAGCUACUAAAGUUUGGGAGGUGGGGAGAUAGCCUGGGUCCUAACCUUGUAGACUUAGUGAAAGCUGUACAGUACUUGAACCCACAAGCUGCAGUCUUGGUCAUAAAAAGGUACUGUAUUGUAGGAUUAACCCUUCACAUUUCCCUACUUUCAGGUUUUUUACAUGUAGUAUUUUUCUUUGUUGAAAUACACCCCUCAUUACACACUAAAAAAUAAUUAAUGCAAUUUAUUUUAAUAAUUGUAAGAGAGGAAGAUUUAUUUCAGUAACAUAGAAUGCUAAAGUUAAGUAAAGAUUACCCUGUCUUUGGUAUAUGUAUAUUGCAAGUAAGAACUGUAAGGAUGGGAAAUCGUGUCAACAAUAUUGGCUGAACAGAAAUAUUGCUGUAUCAUCUGAAACAUGUUCUAUUAGUAUUGCUUUAGUUGUAACUCAACAUCAGUUCAGUGAGUGGUCCUUUGACAUGGUUAUUUCCUAAACUACAAUUGUAAUAUGUUUGCAAAUACAAAUAUUAUACAGGAAUAUUAUAAAUUUAUUAAUUGAUCUUUACUGACAGUACAGGUUGACCUUUAAAAUUUGGUGUAAGGUAUAAAUAAUAAAUGUAAAGGAUAUGAUUAUUUACAACUGGGACCUUUACUGUAAGAAAAUAAAGUUUGUUAGAAAUGUAUAUUUUUUAUUUGUUGAUUUUUUUCAGGACUGAUUAUAUCUCCAUGUAAAUUUUUAUCUUGUAUUAGAAUUUUAUUUCAGACAAAAAUAAAGACUGAUUUAUCAACUGAAA